AUGUUCACCAACACACUCACUGCUCUCCUGGCAUUUGCCGGUGCCGUGACAGCAUAUCCCAGUGCCAAGCGUGCCACCGACAAUGAGGUCAGAAUCUACGCCUAUGGCACUGGCAUCUCUGGCAUGCAGAUCUAUCGUGGUACAGAUGGGAUGGCAUAUAUAGCCCCUGCCGAGACGGCGAACCUAACUGAAUUGAUCUGGCAAACACCAUCUGUCAGCAGCGAAUGGAACGCCACCACGAUGGAGAACGGCACUUCCACCACGGACAGCUCUGCCGCUUUCUACAUCGUCACUGCCAGCAACUCCUAUGUGCCAUGCGGUUUCAAGUCCUCAAACACCACUGCCCCUACUGGCGCCACUAUGACAGGAUUCACGACAUUUGGUUCCCAAAUCGUGUGGGUCAACGGCAGCAACUAUCAAUCUCAGUUCUGGGCCAAGACCACCGACACUGACAAUGUCUAUACACUGAACUGGAAUGUCGAUGGAGCCAACCAGGCAGACAGUGUUCCUGUGACGGUCAAGACCGUCGCGCCGAGUUCCGCUUAA